AUGGGGGAGUUCUCAAUCGGCCAGAGUGUGCGUCUGAACGAGAAUGGCAUCGAAGGUACCGUUCGCUUCGUCGGAGAGACAGCAUUUGCGCCAGGUGUGUGGGUUGGGGUUGAGCUAGAAUCUCUGGAUGGAAAAAAUGAUGGUAGCGUUCAAAACCAGCGAUACUUUGAAUGCAAGAUGGGUAGGGGAAUGUUUCUGAGGCCUACUGGACUAAGACCUAUUUCGCAACCACUUGCAGCGAGACCUACAAGUAAAGCUAAGAAGGUUACCAGGCCUAGAAGCAGUAUCAGUGUGAAUCUUGGAAGGAGAAAAAGCAGUGUACAAGAGCCAAUUUCUGGAAAACGGAUAAGUUCAAGUACCUCAAGUCCUAUUUCUGGGCCAUCCACUCGACCGGGCUCGAGGCCAUCUAGCAUCAUACGUUCACCAAUCAAGUCGCCGAUAAAGCAGCAUUCUGUAGCAGCAUCAGGUACAGCUUCAAAUACAAGUAUUGCUGCGCAGGCAAAACCAAGAACAGCUGGAAACAGGAUUCGAACAUCCAUGCCACCACCACCACCACCACCAAAGAUACGACAAUCAACAUCAAGGAUAUCCUCUGGUGCUAUAAGAGAGAGAUCAAACGUCAGCCCGAAAAAAACUGCUCCAGUACUCAGCACUCGAGUUAGUAAAAGAGUUGGAUCUAUUACAAGUCAAGGUAGUGAUAAUGAGAUUUACGAUAAUGCAACAAAUUUUUCAGUCUCACCUAAAUCAGCUAGUUCUAACCUAUGCGAUAUCUCUGUAUCCUCCACUAGAGCUGGCCAGACACCAACUCCUAUGCGGCAAAAUUUAUCGCCCGUGCUACAAGGGAAAACGGUAACCGGUACUGCAGCAUCUCGAUCGAUAGAAGAUUUAAAAACAAAAAUAAGAAUAAUGGAGAAAAAAGCAUUGGAGAGCCGUGAAAAGAUAAAAUUAAUGGAAAAAAUACAGGAAGAGAGAGAUAGAUUCGAGCUCAUUAUUCAAAAAAUGCAGAUGAAAUACCAACCUCAGCAACAAGAAAUCACGGAAUUGCGGAAACAGUUGAAAGAAGCAAAUCUAAAACUUGAAGAGGCGGAGAAUAAUCAAGUUGAACGUGAUCUUUCGUUGGAAAUGGCUACGCUUGAUCGAGAGAUGGCUGAGGAAACAGCUGAAGUUCUAAAAUCGGAACUGGAUGCUUUAAAGCUUAAAACUGAAGAGCUAGAGCUAGAAGUGGAAGUCCUACGAGAAGAAAAUGAAGAGCUUGGAAACGAAAUAAGUCCCGAAGAGAAGGCCAGUCAAAGUUGGCUUCACAUGGAAAGAAAUAAUGAGCGGCUAAAAGAGGCGCUCCUUAGACUACGUGAUAUGACUGAGCAAAAAGAAUCAGAACUUCGUAGCGAGAUAAAAAGUCUACUAGAAGAUCUAAAAGGCUUCAGUACAACCAAAGAAAAAUAUCAAAGCCUCAAGAAAAAGUUGUCGUUGACUGAAGCUGUUGUUGAGGAUCUUAAACAACAACUCGAUACAGCGAUAGGGGCUGAAGAUAUGAUUGAAGAAUUAACGGAAAAAAAUAUGGGGAUGAAGGAGGAAAUUGAAGAGUUGCGGGCUACGAUUACAGAUUUCGAAACCUUGAAGGAAAUAAGCGACGAAGUUGAAACAAAUCACGUUGAGAUUGAGAAAGACAUGCAGGCUGAAAUUGACUUGAAGGAAAGUAUCAUUACUGAACAAAAAAGACGAAAUAUAGAACAAAACCAAAAAACCUUAGACCUGGAAUACAACUUGUCUAGAUUUAGGGAACUUGUGAUAAACCUUAAAACUGACUUGGAUGAUAUGAAAGCCUCCCACGCUAUAACUGAAACGGAGACUGAGCAGUUAAGCAAUCGGUCUCGCGAAAUAUGGGAUCUUAAUAUGAAGCUUCAGGUCUCCGCGACCAAAACCCAACUGAAGACGAUCGACAUGGAACUGCGUAGACUCGAUGCGCAACAAGCUUCAGAGCACCUUUCGAUAGUGCAGCUGUUUCUACCAAAUGCGUUUACGGCUGAUCGUGAUGCCAUUCUUGCCUUGCUGCGUUUCAAAAGGGUAGGAUUCAAAGCAAAUCUAUUGCAUGGAUUUAUUAAAGAAAGAAUAAAUUCGAAAGCACCCGCUGAACUUGAGGAAGAUAUUUUUGUUGCUCUUGAAGUCCUUGACAAGCUCUCUUGGGUAACAGCGACAUGUCAUCGAUUUGUCAAUGCCAUUAGUCAUUGUAAGGUCUCCGAAUUUACAAAGUACGAGAGUUCACUCUAUGACCUUGAGCCUGUUGAGAGAGCUCUCAAUUCUUGGAUUGAGCUAGUACCUAGAGAAGAGUUAAUGGUAAACCAAUGUGCAGAAGAACUACAAAGAACAAUAGCAUUAUUGUCUCACCUUGCCGAGGUACACAUUAAGGGUGGUCUUGAAAGUUAUGCUGAUGAAAUUUACAUGAAGUGUGUCGUUAUGCGAAAUAAUCUAGAAAAUAUAGCAACUGCUAUCCUUCUUACAAAAAACAUGGUACAGGCUAUUGUUCCAUGUCAGGUAGAUGAAAAUGAACUGGCUCAAGAUUUCUCAUCUAAAACUGAUGCGAUUAUUUCCCAAACAAGAAAUGCCAAAGUCAUCAUUGGUAAAAUAGUUAAGGCUUUGGAAGAUCUUAACUUGAGAUCUUUAUCGCUCAUGCCUAACACGCUCCAGUCAUUUAAAAACUGUGAGGAUUCGGUCAAGGAAAUGAUUGUAUAUGUUAAAAAAAUCGGAGCCAAUCUCUUCAUGUCACUCCAUGAAGAGGGUCAGACUGAUCCAUAUACCUACCAAGAAAUUCAAAACACUAUCCACAGAGCUACCUCGAAUUUAUUCGACACAAAUGAUGCGGAGAUAUUUUCCACAUUUUCAACAAAAGUUCUUUCACUAACAAAUUCUUUGAUAGAUCUCGUUAAUCUCACAUCAGAUUUAAGUUUAACCCAAGAAUUCGAGAGAGCUCCCGAACCCUGGGUGCUACGAUCGCAAGAACUAAAGAAAUCAAAAAUCGUCCCUGUUGACAUUGAAGGGGAGCUAAGCCGCCUAAAAGAUGAGACCCAUGAACGUGCAAAAUUGAUAGCAUUAAAGGAUCAAUCCUUGGAUGAGGCAUCGGUAAAAAUUGAAAUUCUCGAAAGUCGCAUGAGAGAUGCUGCUUUGAAGAAUAAGAAAAUUACUGAACUGGAAAAUCGCAUAGAACAAGCUAAAGCACAUGAAUAUGAAGUCAUUGAGUCCAUAGAACAGCUUAGAAGCGAGAUUAAGGUAGUAGAAGCUGAUCGUGAUAACUGGAAAAGGGCGGCCGAAGACGUUAAAGUUCUCAGUAUGGAAGUUAACGGCAUAGAAGCAGGUCAGGAGCAAGCAGUUGCCACCGCUCGAGAAGUAGAGAUUCUCACAAAAGAGAUCUCAACCCUACAAGCUGCUGUUCGCUAUCUUCGGGAAGAAGCUCGUCAAGCACGUCUUGUUAGGUACCAGAAUAUAGACUGGUUAGAAAAGUCACUUUCAGCGCCGAUCUCGCAAGAAGACAAACGUAAAAAUCUCGUAUUGUCUGAAGGUCAAAGUGUCCUAACUGAACUUCUAAGCAUGAGCAAUAAUGCUCAAAUAUGUAAACUUGGGGCUGAUAAUCAAAACAAACUGGCAUGGCGCCCUACAAACUCAACUUCCCAAUAUCAUGUCGCUAAACAAAAAGAAAACUACGAGACUUGGUGUAGCUGGAGGGAUGAAGUUCUUCAAAGAGCAAAUCUAUUGAAAAGACGUGAUGUCGUCUCCGGGGCAAAGCCUAGGCUAAAGACACCGAAAACAUUAGCAGCACAGGUUAGCAUAGCACUGCCUGAAUGGCAAGAUAAAGUUAUAGGAACUCAUGAAAUUAUGAUUCAAGAUUCACAGGGUUUUGAGGGCUUUAAGGAUUCCUUGGGAUUCGUUUAA